AUGCACUGCCUGCUGCUGCUGCCUGCUGCUGCUGUUGCUGCUGCUGCUGCUGCUGCUGCUGCUGCUGCUGCGGCCCCACAAGAGGGAAAGCCGAGCCCUUCAGCAGCUGCUUCUUGCUGCCCUUUGCUGCACGCAGAGAGGUUAGGUCGGGCUGCAGCUGUGCAGCAGGAGCAGCAGCAGCAACAGCAGCAGCAGCAGCAGCAGCAGCAGCCGACAACAGGAGCAGCGGGAGAAGUUUCAGCAGCACAGCCAGAGGAAGCUGCAGCAAAAGUGGCAAUGCACGGCAGCAGCAGCAGGGUUAGGUCGGGCUGCAGCUGUGCAGCAGGAGCAGCAGCAGCAACAGCAGCAGCAGCAGCAGCAGCAGCCGACAACAGGAGCAGCGGGAGAAGUUUCAGCAGCACAGCCAGAAGAAGCUGCAGCAAAAGUGGCAAUGCACAGCAGCAGCAGCAGCAGCAGCAGGUGCAGCAACAGGAGCAGAUUCCUCACUGGGGGGCCGCAGGAGAAGCAACGGCUGCAGCAACACCAGCAGCAGCAGCAGCAGCAACAACAGUAGCUGCAGCACCAGCAUCUCCACCAGCAGCAGCAGCAACCAGUAGCCGUGGCAUCAGCAACAACAGAAACAGGCACAGCAGCAGCGGCCGCAGCAGCUGUAGCUGCACGAGGAGCAGCGGCAACAAACCAGCAGCAGCAGCAGCAGCAGCAGCAGGUAAGAGUACUUUUUUCAAUGCUGCGACGGAGAGUUCUUCGGCCAAGGUGGGGAACUACCCCUUCACCACAAUAAACCCUAAUGAAGGCAUCGCCCACUAUGUCACUGACUGCCCCUGCAAAAAGUACGGCGUGAGCUGCGCGCCUCGCUACGGCCGUUGUGUGGGUGGUCGCCGCUACAUUCCUGUGCGGCUGCUAGACGUUGCUGGGCUCAUCCCGGGAGCCAACGAGGGCCGGGGCUUGGGUUGCAAGUUUCUGGAUGAUCUGCGGCUGGCUGACGUGUUGAUGCAUAUCAUUGAUGUUUCUGGAAACACCAACGAAAAAGGAGAAACAACAACCGGCUACGACCCGAGCGCUGACCACGAGUGGUUGCUGGGAGAAGUUCAACUCUGGAUAUUCAAAAACAUUUGGGGCAAGUGGUCGUCGAUAGCGCGUCGGCAUGCUGCAGCUAACUGCUCGCUGCUCGAGACGUUUGCUGCACAGUUCAGCGGCUACGGGGCCCCACAGGCGCUGGUAGCAGCUGUGCUGCAGGAGCUGCAGCGCAGCAGGAGGGCCCGCAGCCAGGCGGUUCAGGCAGCAGCAGCAGCAGCAGCACAAGCAGCAGCAGCAGCGGGACUCACAACAGCAGCAGCACCAACAGAUGACGCAUCGCUCGUUCCUGAAGAUCUUACAACGUGGACUACUGAUGAUGUCAUGGAGCUCGUGAAGACGUUUGUGAAGAUUCGUUUUCCUUUUGUUUUAGUCCUCAACAAAUGCGACGCUCUGGGCUUGUGGGGUCAAGCAGCGAGGGGCGGGGCCAGGGCACCAGGACAGGGGAGCGGCGAACAGGGGGCCGGGAUCAGGGGAUCGGGAUCGGGGAUCGGGAGCAGGGGAUCGGGAUCGGGAACAAGGGACCGGGAUCGGGAUCAAGAGAUCGGGAGCAGGGGAUCGGGGAUCGGUAUCGGGGAUCGUGAGCAGGGGAUCGGGAUCGGUAUCUGGGAUCGGGAGCAGGGGAUCGGGAGCAGGGGGUCGGGAGCAGGGGAUCGGGGAUCGGGAGCAGGGGAUGGGGAUCGGUAUCUGGGAUCGGGAUCGUGA